AUUUGGUUUCCACGGGCAUGGGUGUGAAUACUUACAUCUGAGAAAAAUUACAGUUUCUCUCACACACGCACGGAGUAAGACGAAGAUGAUCGGAGUUGGGAAGAUCAAGCAGUACUCCAACGUCCUCGACAAGCCCCUCAGCAAGGGCAAGCAAGAGGUCAGUUUGAGCGCGUUUGCGUUCCUGUUUUCUGAGCUUGUGCAGUACAAUCAGACGCAGGUGGACAACAUUGCCGAGUUAGAAAGAAGGCUGGAGGAUGCAGGCUAUGCGGUUGGGGCUCGAGUUUUGGAACUUCUUUGCCAUAGAGAUAAGGGAAACAGAAGGGAAACACGAUUGUUGGGCAUUCUUUCCUUUGUACACAGCACUGUAUGGAAGGUGUUAUUUGGAAAGGUGGCUGACUCACUUGAGAAAGGCACUGAACAUGAAGAUGAAUACAUGAUCAGCGAGAAGGAGCUCCUUGUGAACAGAUUUAUUUCAAUUCCAAAAGACAUGGGGACAUUUAAUUGUGGGGCAUUUGUUGCUGGAAUAGUAAGGGGUGUUUUGGACAGUGCUGGUUUUCCUGCUGUUGUAACAGCUCAUUUUGUGCCAAUGGAAGGUCAGCAACGACCUCGGACAACCAUUUUGAUCAAAUUUGCUGAAGAGGUACUGCAAAGAGAAGCGAGGUUAGGUUAAUGUUUGUGCCAGGAUUUAUUACAUGUAAUGUUUGUGAUGAUCAGCAAGAACAUGAUGAAUAGAUGGUGAAGGAUGGUGAGAUAUUAGCUGGUUUGUCAAAUAAAUAGGAUUUUCACCUGCCAGUUCUCUCACUUGGGCCAACUUGAAUUCCUAUCAUUGAUUUCUGUUGUUGUACACUCUACUUCAUGUCACAAUAACUAUGCUGAUGUAGAAUUAGCAAUCAUUAUUGUCAGUUGACAUAGAAAAGGAACAAAAGGGGAAAAAAAAUCAUGUUUAUUUCAAUGUUCAUAGGAACUAAGAGGAGUGUUUAAGGAGAGAAAGUUCUUGUAUGCCUUGUUGCAAUUUCAAAGAGCACAGCUUUAUUUGUUAUUGAAGUGUGGAUCUUGUUAUAGUAUAAUGGAGGAGCGACUUUCACA